CCCCCUCACCUUCUUCUCCAUACACUCUUACUCCCCUCCCCAAACAGCUACCCACUUGCAUAUACAGAGAGGCUGGAUGGCCAUCUGUCUAUGGGGUUGCUUUGAUUGAGAGAGUUCCUGCAUGGCAGAAUGCAUUGGAUGGCACUUGGGCUCUUUUCCUACUCUAUGGUUCAAUAUAUAUAUAUAUAUAUAUAUAGAGAGAGAGAGAGAGAGAGAGAGAUGCAUACGCCACCAGCCUUCCCAUGUGCGUCUCUGAAGGUGUUCACAAUGUGUCUGGCUGGUGCUGCUUGCUUUGCAACAGUCCUGGACUCUGUCUGGGCCAGCUGCAUGUGGGGAGGAAGAGGCUGUUUGACUGGCUGGCUGUCAGGGGGAAGAUGCUCUGGGAUGGGAUGGGGAGGACAUGUGGGAGAAGAGAGUCUGUAUUUGAUAAAUUGGACCAGGGCCAUGAGAAAUAUGCUCUUGCAUGCGGGUUUGGGGUGUGGGAUGAAGAGGCAUGAAGGAUGCUGUUGCUUGGAGGAAGUCUGCCUGAGGGUGCUCCUUUAUGACAAAUUGCAGUGAGGGUGGUAUUUUUGUCCUUGGAUUUAUCCCUCUCUCCCAUCCCACCUCUUGCUGCUAUUACAGGACACCCCUGAACUCCCCUCCGUGCAGUUUGUCAGUAUAGUGACAUACAAGAUCUUGGGUUGAUUUUAUUUCUUGCCCCUUCUGACUUUGCUUCUUUUCCGCAGGUAUAGAGCUAGAAGAUACUGGAAAGGAGGGCGGAAAAAGCAGGGAGGUAAUGAGGCUUAAUAAAGAAGGUUUUAAAAGGGCAUGAGGAAGGGAGUUCACAAAGACCACAAUUUUAAGUACUCUCCUAUGGACCUUCUAAAGUAUAUGCACUUAUUUGGCCAUUAUCCCGCUCAUGAUGAUUUCUAUCUAGUAGUGUGCAAUAUCUGCAAUCAGGUAGUCAAGCCACAGGUUUUCCAGUCACAUUGCGAACGAAGACACGGUUCAAUGUGUAAACCUUCUCCAUCUCCAGCUUCUCCACCCUGCAAUUCCAGGGCAUCACUAAUACAUAUGAAACCGAAAUCCUGUAUCAGCGGCCAUAACCUUGUCAACAACAACUCAAAGCCAUUCAGAACGCCCAAAGACAAUCUAAUUACCUCCUCUAGCAAACAGCACAUGGUAUUUUCUUCAAAAGUAUCAAGGGAUAAACCUUGUGUUCCUGUUCCUGUAGUCAGUCUAGAGAAAAUUCCUAACCUAGUGAAGGCAGAUGGUGCCAAUGUUAAAAUGAACUCUACAACCACUACCACCAUCACCACCUCCUCCUCAGCCUCUUCAUCCACCAUACCUGCUCCAAUUAAAUCUGCUUUGACAUCUAAAUCAGUGCCACCAUCACCAGAAAAGAUUCUGAACGGCAAAGGAGUUAUAGCUCCAUCAAUAGACAAGAAGCACCAAAAUGGCACUAAAAACAGUAACAAGUCUUACAAGAGAGUUUCAGAAAGAGAGUUUGACCCAAAUAAACACUGUGGAGUGUUGGAUCCUGAGACAAAGAAGCCCUGCACAAGAUCACUUACCUGCAAGACGCAUUCGCUUAAUCAUCGGCGAGCAGUUCCUGGACGUAAAAAACAAUUUGACAUCCUUCUAGCUGAACACAAAGCUAGAUCCCGGGAAAAAGAAGUAGCAAAAGACAAGGAGCAUCCACAAUCUGUAAGGGAAACACACCAGAGUCAACCUGUAACAGUACAUGAUGUUCUGUCAGGAGCAUCAGUGAACUCUGGACAGGAACCUAAAGGGACAUCACCUGCAAAAUCUAGACUGCCCAGUUCUGUAUUUUCUAGACCGUCUGCUACAAACAGCAUAAACAGUACCAGUUCUUCAAACCACAGUGGAUAUGCACAAGAACUGCCUCUGCCUUCAAUUGGAGGAGAUGUGCCUAGUAGAUUAUCCAGUGAUGAGGGGGAAGUGGAUGGAGCUGAAGAAUCUGAGAAGUUAGACUGUCAUUAUUCUGGACGCCAUCCCCGGCCUCUUGCGUUUUGUUCGUUUGGAAGCCAUUUGAUGGGAAGAGGAUACUACGUCUUUGACAGAAGAUGGGAUCAUUUUCGACUAGCACUAAAUUCCAUGGUAGAAAAACACUUAAAUUCACAGAUGUGGAAGAAAAUCCCUCCUGCAGUUGACAGCCCAGUGCAGUCUCCAGCAGCACAUAUCACCACCCCAUUUUCAGCAUCAGUUCUGCAGCCUCUCAGCAAUCCCAAUGCAGUAUAUAGUCCUUCAACGCCGGUCAGUUCAAGAACCCCUUCUUCGUACAUAAUGACUUCAGCCAUGUUAUCAAGUGCAACUUUUGUGACUACGUCAGAUACAAAUUCCAUCAUGCCACAUUCCACAGCUUUUCCUCAUGUUGCUGCCAGCCUGAGUAUCAUAGAUUCAACUUUUAAGACUCCAGCAGCCACGUCACCAGUGCCAGCAGUCAUCCCUUCCCCAUCCCACAAGCCAUCCAAAACGAAAACCAGCAAAUCCUCAAAAGUCAGAGAUCUAUCUUGCCGCAGUGAUGAGUCUUCUAGUAACAAAAAGAAAAAGCCACCAUCUUCCUCCUCGUUGUCAUUGCAGACUUCCUCCUCAUCUUCGUUUUCAGGGUCUUACAAAAAGAACUGUGUCUUGAACACGAGUUCAACACUGAACUCUUAUCAGGCUACAUCUUCCUAUAACAAUACGUCAGUGCACAAUGCAAACAAUGGAACAACCCCACUCAGUGCCAAAUCAGAGCCUUCAGGACGGACUUCAUUAUCAAGUAGUUCAACAGACUCAGUGAAACAUAUGAGCAUUGUUGUAAGCAGUAUUGACUCUUCUAGUUUGUCUGUACCCUCCCUUGUUCACCAUUCAGGGGACCACUCUCUAGCAGCACACAAUGCAGUGUCUUCUCUACCCCUUUGUUUUGACAAAUCAGAAGGGAAAAAACGUAAAAACUCUAAUUCUAGUAGCAAAGCCUGUAAAAUCACUAAAAUGCCUGGUAUGAAUAGUGUUCACAAAAAGAGCACUGCCAACCUUAUUUCUACGGUGCCAGAUACUCCCAACAGCUCUGUGUCUCGACAGAUGGGAAAAAACAGCAGUGUAGCGUUGUCUCAGUCCAUUCCUUCAAGUACAUCAAAUCCAGUGCACAACAAACAAAAGACAUUAAAUCGGACUGGUAGAAUAAGGACUCUUCCAUAACAUGAAAAACAACCAGCCUAAAAAUCUGUAGGUCUUAGCAGCCCUAUGCCAGAGAUUCUUGUUUUACCUUUAUGUCCUGCAAACUGUCCUAACUUGAUUUGUUGUUGUUCUUUUAUUAAAAAAAAACCUGAAAUCUACAUAUGAGGGGGUGCUGAAAAGUUCUUGGCCUGACCCAGUUCCGAAAAUCUGGAUGUAAUUUUGUCACUGUAGCAUCAGAGAGUGUUCUUUUGUAUUGUAAAUUGCCAAUUUCCAGGAUUGUAGCUCUAAUUCCUGAAUUUUUGCAGAUCAUUGAUAGAACCAUGUUAAUGAAAAGUGUGGGAUUUUCAAAUGCUGAACUCAUCAUGAGCUUCCUGUUCCUGCAGAAGAAAACUCCAAAGGAAAUCCAUGAAUGUAUGAUGGAAACAUUAUGUGACAAGUGCCCAUCAUACUCAACUGUGAAGAAGUGAUGUACCAACUUUCAGCAAUGGAGAUGUUGAGACUGAAGAUGCAGCAGUGUCUGGGAGGCAUUCAACAGUGACAACUCCUGAAAUUGUUAAGCAUGUUUAUGACCUGAUUUUGGUAGCUCAGCAAAUCUCAGCUGAAACAAUUGCUGAGACACUAGAGAUAUCCUGGGAAUGCACUGCAUUUAUAAUUCAUGAACAGUUGGCUAUGCAGAAGCUGUCAGCCAAGUGGGUACCAAAAGGUUUGAAUGCCUACCAUUAAGCAUGAGUGGAUGCAAAAUGCUGCAAAAUCAACUUGGAUUUUAGCAUUUUCAGCAGUGUAGUGAUAUUUUUGGGGGGGAAUGACUUCAGUGUUUAUGAAUCAUGGUUACAUCACUAAGUUCCAUAGACCAGUCCUUGCAGGGGUGGCAUUCAGGGUCUCCAUAGAAAUUCAGGUCUCAAGGUCAGAAGGAAAGGCCAUGGCCACAGUGUUUUGGGAUAAGGAAAUGUUGAUGACUAUCUUCAGAAUGGAGAAACAGUUAAUGCAGAAUACUGCAUUAAGUAGACAACUUAAGGUGUGUCUACACUGUAGGGAUCAUGCAGUUUGACACAACUUUAACUGCUAUGGCUCCAUCUUACAGAAUCCUACACAUGUAGUUUGGUGACAGCCCAGCACUCUUUGGCAGAGAAGGCUAAAGACCUUGUAAAAUAACAAAUCCCAGGUUUCCAUAGGAAAGAGUUACAACACUUCAAGUGGUGUCAAACUGCAUUGUUUCUGCAGUGUAGAUGCACCAAUAAAAGAAGGCAUUGAAGGGAAAAAAACAGCUAGAGAAACUAGGAAGAUGUUUCUUUUUGCAGGACAAUGCAGCUGCUCACAGGGCUGGCAAGACAGUGGCUGUUUACAAGAAUUGGGGGUUUGGGUGCAUAGACCAUCCACCCUACUCACCAGAUCUUGCUCCAUCUGUCUAUUUCUUGUUUGCAAAACUUAAAAGGAGUUUGAAAGGAACAAAAUUUUCAAAUGAUGCAGAGAUGAUAGAGGCAGUAGAGCAGUAUUUCAGAGACCAGACAUCAAAGAAACUUUUGGAAGAGUUAAAGAAACAUAAGAAACAGUGUGCCAAGCGUGUUGAAUGUCGGGGUGAAUAUGUGGAAUAGCAUGUAUGUUUGAUGGUUCUGGGUCAUUCCCUCCUUGGUUGGGCUGAGAACUUUUCAGUACCCCUUUGUAAGACUGUAUUAGUAGCUUAUUUUAUUUUCUCACAAACAUUUGCCUCUGGUCUGUGUAAUGCAGUUUGAUUUCUAAUUAUGCCUUUUGAAAUAAAUUGCUGUAUUUUCACCCUUUUGCCUCUUGUAACACCAAGAGCAGCAGACAUUCCAAAAUAAUGUAAUUUGUGGUAAACUAGAUUUAAUAUAACCCUAAAUUAUUUCAAAUUUGCAGUAACUUCUGUAUUUAUUAUUGUCCUGAGGAUUUUUAAAAAAUCGUCCAGUGCAUUUCUCAGCAGUAUAUAACAGUUAGUGGGGAGAAUCAUGUGCCCAGAAAAUCCACUGACUUUUUUCAUUGGUCUCAUUGUGCGACACCUCGUUCAUCUUGGUGUUUCUAAUCACCUCAGUGUACCAAAAGGUUUAUGCAUUUGCUCCCAUGAGCUUCAUAAGAAUGCUAAAAUGGAAACUCCCUCCUAUCUAGAUGGAGGGCCCCAAAGAAUCUAUACUACUGUUCUACUUAAUAAAAUAAAUUAUCCUUGAAAAGGCAGGAGCUGGGCGUACUGAAUUUGUAUCAGUAGAAUUGCACUGACAAUGUUUUACAGGAAUUACUGAAUUAUUAUUUUUAAAUAAAAGUAGAUUUUGUAAUGAGUAAAUCAGUAAUACUAGGGUACUGCAAAAUUAGUACAGAUGAGUUACCUUUUAUUUCUACAGUGUUAAAAGUGCACUUAUAUGCUGGUUUAUUUACAUCUCGUGGAAAAGGAGAAAGAAUGCAAAUAGGGAGAUGGUUACUUUUUCUUUCUUUCUUUUUUUAAAGGCUUAAGCCAGAUUUUAAAACUUAUAAAAUGUUUAACAACCGUAAAGGAGGCUAGGCCCUUUGGGGUAAAAUUAGAAGCUAUUCUUAAAAGUAAAUUUUAUAGUGUUAAUUUUUUUAAUAAUUUAUGUUUUGCUAUAUUCGGGGAGGUGACAGGAAUAGUCCUUGGGCAGUACGAAACUUCGGAAAUUUUAAGUAAUGUUUAUAUUUUUUUGUGUACUUUGAGUUACGUUUUAUUGUACAUUUCUUGAGACUGAAAAAGUAUGUACAUAUCUUUGUUAUUUUUGCACAAUUUUUCUCUUUGGUUGUAGAAACAGAGCCUUGUUAAAAAAUUUUAAAACUAAUUUAUUUUAUGUUAUAUAACUGCAGGAUUUUUCAAAUCUCAGUAACAAAAGACCCUCUAUCUAGUUGAUGAACUGCCAUUUUUAUUUUUAUUUUUUACUUUUAGAGGGAAAACAGUGAUGGUGAAAUUCAGUGGGUGCUUCUGAGAAUCAUUGCCACUCAGUGGUUGAAGGAACAAAAGUGUUAAGAGUUUCUUAGUUCUUAACACACAUCUUAUGUAGGAAGCUGGACUGUGGGAGAGUGUUCUCUGAAUGCUGCUUAUCUAUUUAUAUAUCUAUCCCCCCCCCCCCCCGUGGCUUAGGUUGAAAGCAUUUCGAAAAGCCAAGUAUCAGUAAAACCUCCCAUACUUUUUUGUUCUCUACAUUUAAACCUAAAGAAAUAACUAUUUAAUUUUAUAUGUACCUAAAAUGUUUCACCUGGAAAAUGAAAUGCAGUUUUAAAAAUGGAGAUGAACUGGACCAGCCUGUAAAGUAUUAUUGAUGUAGGAUUAAUUCAACAGUUCCUUUCCUCUCCCUUGCCAACCCCCAUCCCGAUCCCAUUUGCCUGAAGACUUUGUGAUUCGUUUCCAGCAAUAGAGGCUCAGAAGCUUUGGUUGUUACACAUACGCAAUGCAUAGGCCCGUCAGCCAUAUUUUUAAAAAAAGCGACUUGGAUAACUUGUAUGCCUUCUUUUGUAUCAAUGUUAACAAUUGUACAUAGCGCUGAUCAACCUUUGUAGAGAAUAGUUUAUACAGCAUAUUCUAUUAUUGCUGAUUCUCAGUGGACUAUUGUUUAAAAGGAAAAAAGAAGAAGAAAUUUUUCUAUUUACACCUUAUAUUUUGUUAUGCUGUUGACCCAUGGCACUUUAACAAAACUCUGUGGGUUUUGCAUAGCUGGUCAGUCAUGGGGAAUAUAAACUGUUGCACAGAAAUGAAUUUGCACCUCCUCUAUUGUGCUUUCCUACUACAGAUUUCAGAAUCUUUUUCCAGAAGACUUUUGAAGAAAGCAUGUCCAAUCAUUCUGAAAGAAAAUGCCAUAUGUGUAAAGUCGAUUUCUUUUCUACAAGCCCAUAUUCUGUAACACUAAGUAUUUCCAUUCUUUGUUCUGCACCUUUUCCGUAUUAGCAGUAUCAGAGAGAACCCAUUCCAUGCUUGUGAUAAUUGUAAGUGUCGAAAGUAGGUGUAAAUAGUAAAUUUUAUGGCUUUAGGUUUUGGGGGGAAAAGGAAUAAAGAACAAACAUGUAUCUGACUGAUACUGCCAUGGUUCAACACCAGGCCUGGAGAUAUUCUCUAGUGAGCGAUUGUAUUUCUUUUUGGUUUUUGUUGGUUUUGUUUUUUUGCUUUAUUAUUAUUAUUAUUUUUUGUAACAUGGCUUUGUAAAUAAAAUAAUUUAUAUGUUU